UUCCUCCUCCACACACACACACACAGAUCUGCAAUGGCAGCGGAUGAUUCAGUGAUGAGGAGCCUCUACCUCUCUGCGUACAACUGGGUCGUCUUCAUCGGAUGGGUUCAGGUGUUCUGUUACAUGACAUUGGAAUUGCUGGUGAAUGGGCACGAGGGCGUCUAUGCUGCUAUUGAGCGGCCUCUGCUGUUUGCGCAGACUGCUGCCAUCAUGGAGAUUCUUUGUUCCAUUCUAGUGUCUUCUACUCUUCCACAAAUUACUGGAAGGCUGUUCAUUACCUGGGGCAUCUUGUGGAGCUUCCCUGAGACACAUUCUCAUAUUCUUGUUACCUCCCUGAUCAUAAGCUGGUCCAUCACCGAGGUCAUCAGAUAUUCUUUCUUUGGCAUGCAGGAGUCGUUUGGAUUUACACCUUCCUGGUUUGUAUGGCUUAGAUAUAGCACCUUCAUAAUAUGUUAUCCUGUUGGUAUGGUUAGUGAGGUUGUCCUAAUCUACAUUGCCUUUCCUUUCAUGAAGGCAUCUGGGAAAUACUGCUUUAGGAUGUCCAACAAAUGGAAUUUCUCCUUCAACUACUUCUAUUUCUCUGCCCUUCUCAUGGCUUUGUAUGUUCCAGCAUUUCCACACUUGUUGCUCUAUAUGGUCGCCCAGAGGAAGAAAGCCCUGUCAAAGGAGAAAACUACAUAACCACUCAAAGAGAUAAUCUAUAGCUGAGGUUUCUAAGAAGUAAAGGUUAAUAUAAUGGAAAUACCAAAGUACAAGAUUAACUUUUCCCUUGGUAAAAUAAAAAUGUGAUCAUGCCACUGCAAUGACGGUGUGUUGCAGGAAGAACAGCUUUUCCAUCUGUAAUCAAGGGCUUGUUUGGAUUAAUGCCAUCAUCAACCUCACCAAA